AUGAAACCUGAUCCCCGCCGCGGCCGCGGCCAGUGGAGGGGCUGUUAUUCUUUCAACGAUAUUGUUUGCGACGACAAGGCCGUGAAUGGCUUGCGCAGGAAUGGUGGCCUCAAGAUGGGUGCCACCUACUAUUACUAUGUACGUGCAUCUUCACCUACAUACCUUGGCGCACCUUCCCCACGUCUACGCAUAAGACCUCGACGCUGCCGCCCGCCAACGCUCGCUCCGACGACGCUGACGAGCUCGCCCCUUUCGCCCCGAACGCAGUACGAGAUAGAUGGCGCAACCGAGACGUACAACUCCGCCGAGCCGAGCACGACUGCCUGCCCCUUUCUCCCCGGCCAGACGGUCAACGCGCUGAGCGUUCCCGUCGAGCGGACGCCGCGUCUCCGCAGCGCCUCUCUCACCUCCCUUCGUCACGAGAGCUUCAGGACGAUGAACCCCGACGCCAAGUUUACCACGCCGCGCCCGGCCCACGCCCCGAUGCUGACCUUGACCGCCUCCCUCCGUCGCCUCGGCUCCGCCUCGUCCCUCCUGAACCUGAACCAGGAUCCGUCGGCUCGCGCCCCCUCUCCCGGCCCCCGCUGGAAGCGCCUGUUCACCCGGAAGCCCCCAACCCAUCAUCCCGCCGCUCCGGAUCAAGACACCGUCGAGCUGCCGACGCCGCCCUCCCCGCCGAGGCAACCGCCCGCCUCGACAGCUUCGCGAGGCCGCCGAGCGAGAGACAUUUCGCACGAGUCUUUGCGUCGUUUCCUCUCGGAAGAACCGCCCGCGAGGUCCGAGCGGAGCCCGGCGAGAGAACCCACCGUUGCUGAGCCGAUGCCGAUGCCGGUGCCGGAUGACGUCGUUGAGGAGGCCGACGACGACGACAAUUUUGCCACCUCGGCCACGUCAGACCACCAGUUCUACGCCACUUCCCUAUCGCCGCCCCCCUUUCAGCGUUCCGCAUCGUCCAUCGCCCUCUCGCUCUCCGGUACCGACGCCAAGAAAUGCUUCGUCCCUGUCAAGACGCAUCCAUCAAACCAGCACGGCCUGGGAGCCGAUACCGCUGUGCCUGCACCUCCGUCCGGCGGCCCCGCUCUUCCCAGUCUCGACACCGACUUCCGGCCGCGAUGGUCCAUAUCGGCUCCCUCCACCGCAUUGACCACCCCCGUGUCUCCGGCACUGGUCGACGAGGAGUGCCCUCCUCCCUUUGGCGACUCCAAUGACGAAGAUGAGGUCUUGUCUAGCCACGACGAUGACAACUUCUCGAGCGGUCCUGUGCCGAGCCAUGGUUCCCCUCGGGAGGCUUUCCCAGGCUACAGGCUUCCUACGCAGGGGGGCGAGGAGAAGAAGGCAUCGCAUUCGAGACCAUCCACGUCGGCAUUCAACGCUGCCCAGCUGCUCUCCGGGGGGCAUGCCGGCAUCGCCGUCGACGGAGAGAACUUCCUGGGCGCGCCCAUCGACACAGGCUUGGAUGAUUUUGCGAACGAGCUGGGUUGGAUAGCGGAUGCCAUCCGUCGCAAGCAGAACCACUGA